AUGAGCAAGUACCACUUCAACUUCUCCACUGCUUUCAGUAACUUGCGCACUACCCCGCGCAAUCUGCAGUCGUACUCGAGCUACGAUGGCUACUUUCAGCAGAUGCUCGACGCGGUGAACGCUGAGCGAUCCAAAGCGGGUCUUUCCGCUCUGUGCACGAACAAGAAGAUAGCGGCCGCAGCAGCCCGUCACUCGAAAGACAUGGCCGAUCACGACUUUAUGGAGCACGACGGCUCGGACGGGUCUACCAUGUCGGAACGUAUCACAGAUGCUGGGUACGCGUGGACUGCGGUAGCCGAGAACGUCGCUGCCGGUCAGGAGGAUGUUGCCUCUGUAAUGGAGUCUUGGAUGAACUCUGAGGGCCACCGCGCUAACAUUCUAGGUGCCGACUACACUAUGUUCGGCACGGCUUAUGCCUACAAUGCCGGCAGCACGUACAAACACUACUGGACGCAGGACUUUGGUGCUGGCGAUACGGAGGCGUGCGAUAGCGGCAGCUCGACCUCCUCGCAGUCGACCGAUCAGACCCAACAGCAAACCCAGCAGGAUGACGUGGCAGGUGAGGCGUCCACAACGCAGGACUACACCACCACGGCCCCGACAACGACGGCCCCGCCUGCCACUACUGCCCCGGAAGCUCCAUCCACCCAGUCUCCAUCCACCGAGGCUCCAGUAACGGAGGCCCCAUCCACCGAAGCCCCCGUAACCGAGUCUCCAGCUACCGAAACUCCAUACACUGAGCCUCCUGCCACAGAGGUUCCCGGUUGCAAGGCCAAGAAGUGA